CUGGUCCCGCACAGCUGUGUUGAAUCUCUACCGCGCUCUCCUGCGAGCAGUUGUACCGUGUUUAACAUGGCUGGUGCUGGGGAAGGAAAGAGCAAGAAGGGGGAUAAUGGGAUUGGAAAUGCCAUAGACUUCAUGCUUUCAAAUGCCAGGCUGGUGCUGGGGGUUGGCGGUGCUGCCAUGUUGGGUAUUGCAACACUGGCUGUCAAGAGGAUGUACGACAGGGCGAUUAGUGCUCCAAGUAGCCCCAGUAAAGUGGACUCGAGAUCUGGGAAGCGAAGCUGGGAGGAACCCAGCUGGAUUGGGUCAUCACCACGGUUACUGACCAAGGAUAUGAAGAGCAGUGUUAGCAAGUCUCUGCAAACCUUGCCCACAGAUUUUGUUCGUCUUGAACCAGGUAUCUCCAGAGGCGCUGGUUCCAGUAAGAAAUCCCACAUGGACCUGACGAAGGCCAGACUGCGCAUGUCCAUGCAGGAGAAGCUGUCGGUUUACUACCGCAAGCACGUGAUGGUUCCAGAUGGGGAGAUGAACCGAGCCAAGCAGGCUGCCAUGGACAUCUGCUCAGAGCUGCGCAAUUUCAUCCAUGCCAAACUGCCUGACAUGCCUCUCCGGGAUAUGUACCUCAGUGGCAGUCUGUAUGACGAUCUCCAGGUAGUUACUGCAGACCAUGCUCAGCUAAUGGUUCCGCUGAUCUUGGAGAGAAAUCUCUGGGCUGCCAUCCCAGGGGAGGACACCAUCAUGAACAUCCCUGGCUUCUGGCUUGUCCGCAGGGAGAACAUGGAAUACUUUCCUCGCAGCAGCAGUUACUGGGACCGCUGCAUCGUGGGGGGCUCUUCGCCCAAAGUAGUGAUCGAGACGUUUGAUAAGGUCAUGUCAGGAUCGAUCAACUGGCCAGCCAUUGGGAAUGUCUUGGACCUGAUCAUCCGCCCAGUGGUUCCCUCUGAGUCACUGACCUUGGAAGUUCAGUAUGAUACCAGUAAAAGGCUGUUUAUUGACUUCUUACCUUUGAUUGUCAUGGAGGAGUCCAUGCUGAUCGCCAAACCACACAGGAAUGGCCGCUAUGAAAACAUGUGGCGUCAAAGUUUCCGGACUGCGGAAACAGCCAAACUGAGAGCCCUGGAUGACGGGGAUGGAGGCUGUCGCUGCUGCUGUCUGAAGAUAUUGAAGACGAUAUGUAAAUACAACCCCGUCCUGGGAAAGCUGACCGCCAGCCAACUCACCAAUGUCCUCCUCCAUCAGAGCGAGAAGGAAUGCGACUGGUCACAAGAAGCACUGGCUGAUCUGUUCAUUGGGGCCCUGAAGGAGCUGAUUGGCUACUUGGAACAAGGCUUCCUGCCAUGCAUUCUGGACAACAAAGUGAACCUGUUCUUGGAACUGACUGACAAUGAGAUUGAUGAACUGGGUUAUACUCUGUACUGUUCCUUGUCAGAACCAGAGACUUUACUAAACACAUGAAUUGAAAUGUUCAGUGGGCACUUGUACAAGUUCAUAUUGUCCUGGUGAUCAGGGAAUUAGUCAAGUGACCUAUAAAUGUGCCUAACCAAUCCGUUACCCAAAGUUUACCAGGAGACUAUUUUGAAACCAGACUUUCCUGAACAUUUCUUGUGAUUGUGUUGCAUGAAAAGGGAAGGUCAAAUGGCAGUCUCGCAGGCAGCACGUGGCAAUUUAUGUUAAACACAAGCAAAAAUUGUGAAUAGUGCUGAUUUAGGGAGCCAAAAUGUAGAGUAAAUGUUCUCAUUUCUCAAUAAGUAUAAAUUGUAAGUGUCCAAACAAAUCCACCAAUUUGGGAGUGAACUUUCAAGAUCGUGGUGUGAAUAAAGCCUAUUUAAUUGA